GUUGCUAAAAUGGACCUGGAUGAAUUGCUCGGAAAAACUCCUAGCACCUAUGAAGGGGCUGACGAUGAUAAAGCCAAAACUGUCGAAGAUAAGAAAGAACUAGCAAAUCUCAGCAAUACAGCUGUUGCUAAAAUGGAUCUGGAUGAAUUGCUCGGAAAAAUUCCUGGCCCGUAUGAAGGGGCUGACGAUGAUAAGGCCAAAACUGUCGAAGAUAAGAAAGAACUAGCAAAUCUCAGCAAUACAGCUGUAGCUGCUCCACUUGCUACGACAAAAACAUUUGUCAGUGUUCUGGAAGAAGGAUGCCGAAAGUAUUACAGCGGUGCGGCUCCCGUUUUUACGCCUGAUUUCACCGAAUCGAUAAGGUAA